AUGAAAUUAUCGUUGCAAAGAUCGCAAAGCCAUGAAUGUAAUAAACUGAUUAGUGGAAAGAUAAGCGCUUACAACAAGAAUGAUCAACAUCAUCAUGCAUCAUACUCUCGUCUUCAAACAGCAGAAUCGUCAUGGACUCAUUGGUUACAAUUACUAUUUUGUUCAUGGAUGGAUCCUACUCUUUCUGUAGGUUACAAACGGUCACUGACAGAAGAUGAUCUUGAUGGUUUGCCACACAUAGAUAAAGCAUCGAUUGACUUCGAUCGAUUCCAUUCCUACGAUUGGACAACAACAUCUACAUGGAGAUUGAUCAUUCGAGAAUUUUGGAGAGAUUAUCUUAUCGUCGUCGUCUUUUGUUUACCUUACAUAUUCGUACGUGUGUCACAACCACUAUUACUACGUGAAAUUGUUCUCAGUACUAUGAAUGAAAAUACCUCUCUCGUCACUAUUUGCUUUCUUGUGCUAUUAUUUUGCUCAUGCGGAAUUGUUCAAGUUCUACUCGAUCAUCAAAUAUAUUUUUAUUCAAUACGUAUCGGGGUACGAAUUCGUAAUGCGCUCAUGACUCUUAUCUAUCGAAAAUCACUAUCGAUGAAAAUAACCGUUUCACAAACGACGAACAUUGGUCACAUAACUAACCUCAUUUCCGGCGAUGCCUCUCGAUUCGAAGAAAUAUGUACACGAUUGCAAUAUUUAUGGGUGGCGCCUAUUGAAACUUUGAUCAUAUUUAGUUUACUCUGUUGGAUUAUCAAACCAUUGCCAGCUAUUUUGAGUUUUAUAUUACUUGUCCUGAGUAUCAUCAUACUGUCACUCAUUAGUCAUUGCCUCAGUGAUUAUCGACACUGGAAAACAGUCUAUAGUGAUAAACGUGUUCAUGCUUUUAACGAAUUCGUUCACGGUUAUCACAUAAUCAAAAUGUACAACUGGGAAAAGUCAAUGGAAGAUCGUAUCAGAAAAAUACGUCAGGCCGAAGUUAACAAUUUAAAUCGGUACUUUUCGAUACGUACCAUCAGUACAAUACAUUCCUUCAUCAUAAUACCUGCAUUGGCAUUCGUUACAUUUAUCACCGCAUGGUUAUUAGACUAUCCACUCAAUGCAGCAGAUUGUUUUUCAACUCUUGCCCUUUUUGGUUUGAUACGAAAUCAAAUCAUGUUUUUCGUUCCAGCAAUUACUGACCGACUGACAGACAUCAUAGUUGCAUCGAAAAGAAUUGAUGCAUUCAUGUGCUCAGCAGUAUCACGAUAUCAUUCUACGUCAACAACACUCUCAUCGAUCGAAUCAAUUCGUGGGCAAAUUUCGAUGUCAGAUGCUUCUUUUUCAUGGAAUACAGAACACUGUUGUCUGUCAUCGCUGGAUAUUAUCAUUCAACCGCAAACGUUAGUGGGUAUCGUUGGACCAGUUGGUUCCGGUAAAUCCUCGCUACUCAUCGCUAUUUUGGGCGAACUCAAUCUGUUUCAUGGGCAACUCAUUUCGAAUCACAAUUCAUUUGCCUAUACAUCCCAAACACCAUGGAUCUUUUCAGAUACUAUUCGAAACAAUAUCCUUCUCAAUCGACCAUUCGAUGAACGACGCUAUCGAAGUGUGAUCUAUGCCUGUUGUCUUGAUGUGGAUAUUCAGUCAUUUGGAGCAAGUGGCGAUCUAACGAUGAUUGGAGAGAGAGGUGUGAAUCUGAGUGGAGGACAAAAAGCUCGAGUUUCGUUGGCACGAUCUAUCUACAGUGAUGUUGAUGUCUACUUGAUUGAUGAUCCGCUAGCAGCUGUGGAUGGAAUUGUAGCGAAACAAAUCUACGACCGAUGUUUUAGUUCACAAGGUUUAUUGAAAAAUAAAACUCGGCUUUUAGUUACUCAUCAAACGCAAUUUUUAGUUGAUGCAGAUCAGAUUCUCUUUCUUUCACAGGGCCGCAUAGAUAACGAAGGUCGUUUAGAUGACUAUAUACAUACGCAAGGCAUGACGGAUACAAAAGAAGUUUCAGAGAUGGAUUGUUUGCUAGAUGAAAGUGAAUCGACCGCGGAUACUCGAUCGAUUAUCUCGGACGAAAGACCAGUGACUGGAAACGUCAAUUGGAAUGCAUGGUUUUGCUUAUUCACUGCUCCACCGUUCGGCAUUUGUGGAUUGUGUGCGCUAGUUAUUCUAAUGGUAGUGUGUGAAAUUCUCUACGAUGGUACAAACUACUGGCUUAGUAUUUGGUUGAAAGAGUCGCACGCAGAUCAACAGAAACUUCCAACGUUUGCCUACACUUACGUAGAACUAACGCUCGGCAUCGUUCUCACUGAUAUCCUUCGUACAAUAGUCUUCUUCUCUAUUUUCUUGCAUGGUGUCAAUCAUUUUCACGAUCGAAUGUUAAAAGCAUUGCUGUACACAUCAGUCGAGUUCUUCGAGAGUAAUCCAAGUGGGCGAAUAUUGAAUCGUGUAAGUAACGAUCAGAAAGUGAUUGAAGAGCCAUUACCUGCCAUGAUGAUCUCCUACAUCAAACUGUCUUUGAUGUCGAUGGGUUCGAUUGUGAUUAUCUGUCUCGUCAAGCCGUAUCUACUGUUGGUGGUGAUUGUGCUAAUACCGAUAAUUGUACUCGUGUGUCGUUUCUACCUGCGAUCAAAGAAACAAUUGAAAAAAUUGGAAAGCAUCACUCGUAGUCCAAUAUACGACCUACUUUCAUCGUCACUCAAUGGUCUAGUCACACUUCGUACUUUUAAAACUGAAGAUUAUUUUAUUCAACUGUUCACCGAUGCAAUCGAUAGAAACACACGGGCAUUUCUUAAUCUGCUUGGGGCCGCACGGUGGCUUGAUGUUAGACUCAGUCUUUUACCAUUUAUCAGUACAUUUGUAACGAGUAUAGUGCUUGUACUUCUGCGAGAUCAGUUAGAUCCGUCACUGAUUGCCCUUGCUUUAAUGUAUACGAUUUCUAUACCAAAAUCUAUCCAAUUGAGCAUUUUACUGUUGUUUCAAACUGAUAUGUUAAUGACAAGUGCUGAACGUAUUUAUGAAUACUCAUUUUUGCCACCUGAAGAGGAUUUUGGCGGUGAUGGCCAACGAUUAAUAAAAACUCCGCCUCGAUGGCCUAGUCAUGGUACAAUUCAAUUCCACAAUUACUCAUUCCGCCAUCGAACAGGUCUUGAUUCUGUUCUGCACGGACUCAAUCUUCACAUAAGGUCAAGAGAAAAACUUGGCAUCAUUGGUCGAACUGGCGCUGGGAAAUCUUCGCUCUUCAAAGGCCUUUUUCGUUUCGUUCAUCGAUCCAACAUUGACGGUGCUAUCUUCAUCGAUGAUAUUGACAUAAGUCGAAUCACACUUGCUCAACUUCGCUAUCAUCUCAGUGUUAUUCCACAACAGCCAGUCCUGUUCAGUGGAACACUUCGAUACAAUCUCGAUCCAUGUCAUCUUUACUCUGAUGAGCAAUGUUGGGCGGCGUUGGAAGAUGUUCAACUAAAACAAUUUGUACAUGAGCAGUCCCAUGGUCUCGAGAUGAUGAUUAACGAAGGAGGAAGUAAUCUCAGUGCCGGUCAAUGUCAAUUGAUUUGUAUUGCUCGGGUGAUCAUGAAGAAAAGUAAAAUUUUACUGAUCGAUGAAGCAACAGCGAAUAUUGAUUGCAAAACAGAUGAGAUUAUUCAACAAGUCAUCGCAAAAACAUUCCAGGAUCAAACUAUUUUGACUAUUGCGCAUCGACUGAAUACAGUUGCUAGAAGCGACCGAAUUGUCGUGUUAGACAAAGGUUUGAUUGUAAAUAUCGAUAGGCCAGAGCAGAUCUUUAAACAAUAUCAGCACGCGCCAAAGAAAUUUUUCUACAAUUAA